AUGCGAGCGCUUGUGUUGCUUUGCCUCUGUGUUGUCGCUCCGGUGAGAGCCACGGACCGGAGCUGCUCGGACCUGAGACAGUUCUACACCAGCAAAGGCUUCACUCUGGCCGGGGUCCCGCAGAACGAGAUCUCCGGUGAGCACUUGCGGAUGUGUCCCCAGGGCCCCACCUGCUGCACCAGUGCGAUGGAGCAGAACCUGGCCACUCUGAGCACGCGGGAGACAGAGGCGCUCAUUCGGGAGGCGGGCCGCUCACUGCAGGCCUCUUAUCACGCGCUGCACCGGAGCUUUGACACCUAUUUCACGGAGCUGCACAGUCAGUCGGAGCGUGCGCUGCAGGAGAAGCUGUCCCCCCUCGGUCCCCUGUACUCCCAGAACACCCGUCUGUUUGGAGACCUGUACACGGACCUGAGGCAGUACUAUCGCGGCUCGGCCUUGAACCUGGACGAGACCCUGUCCGAUUUCUGGUCCCGCCUCCUGGAACGCACAUUCAAGAGCUCCGCCUCCUCUGAUGUCAGCCUUUCCGAGGACUACCUGGAUUGUGUGUCCAAGCAGCAGGAGACACUGCGUCCGUUCGGAGACGUCCCGAGAGACAUGAAGACGAAGGUGGUGCGGGCCUUCGUCACUGCGCGCUCCUUCGUCCAGGGACUGAUCGUCAGCGGGGAGGUGGUGAGGAAGGUGUCACAGGUGUCUCUGAGCCUGGAGUGUGUGAAAGCUCUGAUGAAGCUGGUGUACUGUCCACACUGCCGCGGCAUGGCCUCCAUCACGCCCUGCUCCAACUACUGCUUCAACGUCAUGAAGGGCUGCCUCGCCAACCAGGCCGACCUCAACUCCGAGUGGCACAAUCUCAUAGACACCAUGAUCCAGGUGGCGUCCAGUUUCAGCACAGAGCCCAGUCUCGACGUGGUCCUCUCCUCCAUCCCGUCUCGCAUCUAUGAGGCUGUUUACUACCUGAAGGAUAACAUGGAGUCCUUCACUGCUAAGGUGUACCAGACGUGUGGGACACCGGGGGAAUCAGCCACUGGGACCCCCACAGUCCAAGACCAGAGGCGGAAAAGCAGCUCCCUGACCGCUUCAGAGAGUAAACCAUCUCCCACUGCUGGGAUCAGACUGGAGAUGCAGGUGUCUGUCCUCACCACGAAGCUGAGAGAGAUGAGGCAGUACUGGAUCGAGCUUCCCGUUGCUCUGUGCGGAAAAGUCUCUGAAGGCUCCAGUCCGGACAAAUGCUGGAACGGGAUAUCCAAAGGGAGGUAUCUUCCGGAGGUGAUGGGAGACGGGCUGGCCAGUCAGAUCAACAACCCUGAGGUAGAGCUGGACAUCACGAAGCCGGACAUGACCAUCCGCCAGCAGAUCAUGCAGCUCAAAAUCAUGAGUAACCGGCUGAAAAACGCUCUGGAGGGAAACGACGUGGACUUCCAGGAUGCAAGUGAGGACAUCAGCGGCUCGGGAAGCGGCAUGUGCAUGAGCGGCCAGUGCACUCGGAGCAAACCUGGCCUGUUCGCUUAUCCACCCAACAACAAGGGAGCAAUGGGCACAGCUACCCCCCCGUCCCGCCUCUCUAACAUCUUAAUCCUUCUCCCAUUGGCUGUCCCACUUCUGCAGCGAUGA